AUGGAGUACGAUCCAAAGCUGCCGGACAAGAACUCGUUCGGCUGGCCUACGGGUAGAGAGAGGUGGCCCAUCAUCAUUACACAAGCCAUAGAUGACACAUACCGAUCCGUUUCUCAAUGCGACGAUGCCCCCAAGCGAGAGGAGGGCAAGAAGAUCGUGGAGGAGUUGGCCCGUCUCAAGUACGAGGUUCAACAUGAUCGAGCCGUAACACGUAUAAGCACCUAUUUCACACUCUCCACCCACUGGAAAGGCUACGAUGUAUUCGCCCGACAGAAGAUCAAGACCUUCCGCUCCUCUCGACCCGCCGUCGUCGAACUCGCAGCUCGAUACAAGGACCUAGUCAAGCAAUUAGAAGAUAACAAGGGCAAGACAUCCGACGAAGAGGCGGAAAAGAUUUUGUUCAUGGAGAUGUGUGAGAUUUGUCUAUGGGGCAAUGCGACUGAUUUGUCUCUGCUCACAAACCUCACGUAUGAGGACAUUCAGAAACUACAAGGCUCGGAGGCAAGAAAAGCGGCAGAGAAGAACAUCUUAGUCAAUGAUCUUCCAGUCGCCUAUGAUAUCCUAAAGAGGGCAAAGGCCGAGGGCAAGAAGGAACGCCGUGUCGACAUUGUGCUCGACAAUGCGGGCUUCGAGCUCUUCGUUGACUUGAUCCUGGCCGGCUACCUGCUUUCGUCCGGACUAGCUACUCUGGUCGUACUACAUCCCAAGUCAAUCCCGUGGUUUGUCAGUGAUGUCUUGCCGAGCGACUUCGCUGCACUCCUGAAUGCUCUGGCUAGCCCGAAACACUUCUACGAGACACCAUCCGAGGACGAACAACUGCAGAACAAGACGCCAGAGCCGCUUUCUGAGAAAGAAGCGGAUGAAUUGACAUUCCUCUUUCAACAAUGGGGUCAGCUAUAUGCGAAUGGUCAAGUCAUUAUGCGGCCGAACAGGUACUGGACCCAACCUGGAAGCUACUGGCGCUUGCCCCACGUGGAGAAGGAACUGCUGUCAGACCUUCAGACCAGCGAGCUUGUCAUCUUCAAAGGCGAUCUCAAUUACAGGAAGCUCACUGGUGAUGUACAAUGGGAUCCUACCACGCCUUUCGUCGAGGCGAUAGGUCCGCUUGGACCUGGCUCUGGGGUGAACGUCCUCGCUCUGCAGAACAGUGCGAAGUUUGUAUAUCUGGAUCAUUAUCAAUGA